UUAUGCAAGGGCUCAAAUCCUCCCUGGCAGCUGUGAUAUACUGUGGAGGCACUGAUUUGGAAACCCCUCUGAAACCCACUCCCACUCCAAGAGCUGUCGCAAUCAUUCACGGGGGGUCGAGAUAACGGAGUAUAUAAAGCGCGCUCUGGUUGAUUGCUGCUAAUUUCCACCGAGAUCGUCUUGUUGUUUGGAGCCACAAGAUGAGAUUCUGCGUACUUCUCCUUACGGUGACCAGCGCCUUGGCCUGGCCCGUGGCUUGGAGGGGCGACGAACAGCAAUGCCCUCCAAUGAGUGACAGGCUGUUCGAGUCUGGCUUCAGCUACCUCCUCAAAUAUGACACCUCGGUGACCACCCUGAUUAACGGCACCAGCGAUGAAGUGACCGGUAUGACCAUCGACUGUGAUGUCACAAUCGAGGCACACUCGGACUGCAUGCUGGUCUUAAAAACUGAGAAAUGUAACCUCAAGAACACGGACCGACAGCGCCUGACCAAUAACCGGGAGUUCUCCCAGGCGAUGAGCGAGCACGAGUUGGUGCUGAGAAUGGACAAUGGCCGGCUGGUCGAGAUGUAUGCCCACGAGGAUGAGCCCAUCCACAUCUUGAACAUCAAGAGGGGCAUUGUCAGCACCUUGCAGCAUGACCUGAGGGAGGAGGAGAUCGUCUCUGAGACCACCGUCAACGGAAACUGCACGGCCAAACGCACUGUGACCGACCGCUCUAAGUUGGGACGCAUGCAGAAACUCUCCAUUUCCACCGACCUGAACAACUGCAGCCGACCGCAGCAGAGGGCCGUUACUAUGUCUCCUACCUCUUUCCUCACUAGCAUGCAAAUUGCUGACAAGUUCAUCAACUCAACCAGAAUGUGUACCUAUGAGCUGCGUGAGGACAACAUCAAAAAGGUUAACUGCACGGAAAGCCAUAUCUUCAAUCCGUUCAGCUAUGAUGGGCAGCGCGGCAUCAUGUCUGUUAUCAAACAGGACCUCAAGUACAAGGAUACCUUCAAGAUGAAUGCCAUCUUGAAACUGAAGGAUUCCAUGGUCAAGAAGAACCUGACGUACGAAUUCGAGGAGCAGCCAGAGUCCGCCUCGGAGAGCGCAGCUCACACCCGUGACAUCCUGGACAGGCUCGUUCGUGGAUCCCUCGAUGAGGUUCAGUUUGAUUCGGCCCGCCUCUUUGGAGAGUUCGUGGUCAACAUCCGCACCCUGAACUACCCAGCCCUGAAGGAGAUGUUUGACAAUGUCAGGAUCCUAGAUGUUGAGCUUGCCAAGACCUACAUGUAUGAUGCUCUCCUGCAGUGCGGUAGCAUCCCUUGCUUCAAAGUGAUGAACGAUCUCAUCAUCGACGAGACUGUCCCCGCACCCAUCUCGGAUGCCAUCAUGUACAUCAUGGCCUUCCGCCAGUUCCCACCACUGACACUGAUUGAGGAGAGCUUGCGCGUUGCCCAGACCCACAAGAGACAGUCGGUCCUCCUACCUCUCAGCAUCAUGGUCCACAACUACUACAUCCAGCAAGAGGCCGAGCUGAGAGAUGCCCGCAAGCUUCCCGAUCCCUUGAAAGAGUCCAUCCGUCUGGUGCGCGACAUGCUCCUCACGGACUGCUCUGUUCCAGAGGACAUCCAAGGAGAGGAGAAAAUCGAACAGAACCGCCGCAUUCUUUUGGCCCUGAAGAGCAUUGGCAACAUGGGUGAGGCCGUCCAGAAGUUUGACCACGAUGAGUUCUUCACCUCGGAGCAGAUCGUGCCUCGCCUGAAGGACUGCAUUGCCCGCAAGGACCUGCACCACAACAUUACCAUGGCUGCCAUCCAGGCAUUCCGUCGCUUCAACAUCCCAAGCACUGACGAGAAGAGGGUCCGCACUGCCCUGAAGGACGUACUGGCCGAUUCCUCAAGGGCUGUCCAUGUCCGAAUUGCUUCCUACCUGAUGGUCAUGCGCAGUCACCCCUCUGUGGCUGACCUGGAGUUCAUCAUUGACAUCAUGCUAAAUGAGCCCCUCAUGCAAGUCAAGGCCUUCGUCUUCUCUCACAUUGAGAAUGUCAUGGAGUCUGAAGAGCCUCUGAUUCAAGACCUGAAGAUGAAGUUCACUGCUGCCAUGGGCAACCGCCAACUCCCAGAAUACCCGAAGGACCCACUGCGCUACUCGCGCAACAUUGAGAAGUCCAAGGCUGUCAAUGUGCCCUACUUCAACAAGACCCUGGCUACCCAGAUUGAAUCCAAUGUCAUCUUUAAACCGGAGCACUACCUGCCUCAUCACGUCAUGCUGAACACCACCAUCAACGUUCUUGGACAGAGCUGGAACCUGUUUGAGACUGGUGUUGAGAUGCAGGGAUUUGAGCCAGCUUUAGAGGCCAUCUUCGGCCCCAUGGGCUACUACCCGGAUGACGUCCUGGGCAGCCUCUUCAAGCAGAUGGACACUAGGAUCCUGGCCAAGAUGAAGGAUGCCUACACCUUCCUGUUGGAGGAAGCCAAGGUCCAGAUCGAGGAGCUGCGGAACACUCCCUGGUCCGAACUGGAUGAACUCCUCAUGGCCAAGCUGAGGGAUGCCAAGCAGGCCAUCUUGGACAAGUUCAACCUCACCCGCCCAGCUGAGACAACACCAACAGAAAGCCCCAUGGCCGAGCACAUGAAUGAGGUGCUCCGACAGGCCCUCCCUGUUGAGUUUGAGGACAAGCUGAACAGAAUCCACAGCAUGAUUCCCCAGGGAUCCAACAUGCCUCAUGCCUCCAUCUAUAUCAAGAUGCUCGGCAAUGAGCUGGGCUACGUCAGCCUGGACAACAUCAAGUCCAUCAUCCCGAAGCUCAACUUUAGCAUCGAAAACAUCAAGACUGUCGCCAAGAAUUACGCACAGGAGUUGAUGGAGAAGGUUGCUCAGGGAGUGGAGAAGAACAUCACCAAGAGCUUCAUCUUUUUGGAGCGUGACUACAUCAUCCCCACCAGCUCUGGUCUGCCUCUCAACUGCACUGUCAAUGGAACUGCCGUGCUCAGCCUGCGCAUGCGUGCAGCCCUGGGCAUGGAGCCCAUGACAAUGAGGGCCUACGCCUCUGGUAGGAUCAACCCAAGUGCCUCGGUAGAGGUUGUUGGUACCAUGGGAGUCAACGUACCCAUCCUGGGUCAGGCCGCCGUCAUGGCCAAUGCCACCACGUAUCACGCCUCCCACAUCGAGGGCAACGUCACGCUCAAUGGUGCCCACCUCAAGCUGAACCUGAACAACACGGACAGGCCCAUGAACCUCCUCAAUUUCUCCACCAACUUCUUCCUGAUCAAGCCGGAUGGUCAGAUCCAGUGGAUCCCAGGGGUUGAACAGGACCGUGUUGAGGUCCAGAAGUGCCUCAAUGUCACUAAGAAGGUUCUGGGCGUUGAUCUCUGUGUCUCUUGGGCCUACCCCAAUGCCAGCUAUGUCAACAUGGCCCCUCGGUUCCCUAUCACUGGCCCAUCCAGCUUCAACAUCACUCUGGAUAACACUGACAAGGCCCUGAAGACAUAUACCUUGGAAUUCCUGUACAAGAUGAUCAAGAAGGGAGGCAGCCCCGCCAAGAAGACGCUGAGCAUGAUUGCCAAGAAGAAGCCCAGCCAGCAGCCAGCUGAGAUCACCGAUGUCAUCUUGGUCAAUUUCACCGCCCCAGGUGCUGAGCUGCGGAGAGAGAUCUCCUCCCUCUUCACCUUCAACCGUGCCAAGUUGGAGGCCAAGUGGAACUUCUCCAUCCCAGAGCUACAAACCUAUGUCUUUGCUGGCCUGCUCAACCUCACGGACCCCAGCACCUCGACCUCCGGCUUCCACCUGGUCGCCAACGCCACUGCCGGGCCAAAGUACACCGCAUCUGUCUCCACCACCCUCAAGAACGUGACCACCCUGGAGAAGACCAACUACACAGCCGUGUUCAAUGCCUCGGUGAUGAACCUGCACUUUGCCAAUGUGGCACAGUACGUUGGCAUGGCUAACAACUGGAGAGCGAGUGCCACCAACUACUACUACUGGGAUGAUGAGACACCGCUGUACAGGCAGAUCCUCUUCCCCUUCUACAACUACAGCAUCAACCAUGAGAAGUACCGCCAGAACACUCUGCUGAUCGAGUCCAACAAGCAGGUGCUGGGCCCCGAAAACCGUAUCUGGGACUCACGGGUGCUGCUGAGUGCCUUUGAGCAGAACCUGACGGCAACGAGCCACAUUGACCAUAUCGAUGGUAACUACAACAAUGACAUGGAACUCAAGUUCACCAAUAACAAAGUGAAUUUCUCUAUUUUGAACUCCACGAUGUCCAUCGUGAACAGCGUCUUGGACAGUACCCACACCAAGACCGACUUCAAGGUCUCUCUGAGCCGUCACAACAGGGCCCUUGUCUAUGACCACCUGAUGAUCUUCAGUCCAAAGGAGCUGAACACCACUGUUACCAUGGGCUAUGAAAUCACCGAGAAGGUCCUGAGGCCGAGCUUUGAGAUCUACAAGGGCUGGUCCUUCAUGAGUCUGUAUGGUGACAAGGCCUACAUAAAUGAGAAGACCUCCUACAAUGUCUCCACCGAGCUGUGCCUCCGCAACGAGACCCUGGACAGCGAAGAGCCCACGCCCGCCGUCUACAUGGCCUACUUGAACGUCAGCCUACCUCGCCCCUACAACGAGGAGCGACUGACUUUCAGCGUGAGCGGACGUGUGGCCAAUGAGACUUCCCUGGUUGAUAACUACUUCAGCUACUGGAGCCAGUUCAACACUACCGUCCCAUCUCUCAAGUUCAAAACAACAACCCAAGGUGCAAUCCUGAGUUCCGAGAAGGACUUCAUCCUUCACCUGAACGACACCACGAUGACUAUGGAUGAGAGGCCCUUACUGAUCUUGGACUCAGAUCUUGUCAGCAACAUUGACGAAGGAAACUACUAUGCCUUCCGCAUUCUGACCCCAGUCUACAACUACACCUUCAACGUCACCCUCUUCAAGGAUGAGGAGAAGGGUUGGGUACUGGGCUACAAUUCCACCCACAACAACACGUACAUUGACCUGCUGAACAUAACCCAGACUGCUAACAUGACCUUCAGCCGCGAUGCCAUGUCCCUGAAUGCCAUGUUCUAUCACCCAUGGCUCCAAGCCACCACAACCAACAUCUUGACUCCCGGCGGCCCUAUCAAGCGAUUCCAGCCCGUGCACAUCAAGGAGUUUGCCCUAGAGAUCUACGAAAGGACCAAAGAGCUCAACUGGGAGCGGCUGCAAGAGAUGACGGAGGAGCUUGUGCAGAGAGUUCGUGACUCUCGCCUGGAGAUGAUCAACAUAGUCCGUGCUAAGACACCCAAACUCGCCAACAUGACCCUGGACAACUCCUUCAUCAUUGAUGGCAGCAUCAUGCAGAGCAUCUUUGAGAUGGAGGUCAACCGCACCAUGUGCGGAUCCGGUGUGCGGUUGAACACAUCUGCCCUGCUGAAUGAGGAGGGUUGGAGGAGCGGUCUCACUUACCUGGUCAAGGGCCGUCGUCUCCCAGAUGUGUCUGGUAACCACACUGUCAGCAUCCUCAAGGUUGAUCCAAGCAACCUGGGGGUAGAUGUCCAGAACGACUUCUUGUUUGGCUCCCGCUUUGCCAACCUCACUGUCAAUGGCGACUUCAAGAUCACCCAGAUGAACCGACCCUGGAAAUUUGAAGCCAUCUCUGGUGGGUUGAAGCAUAACCUCAGCUCCCCACUGAUAAAUUCCUCCAUGGAUUCUGGUGUUAAUUUUGACCGCUUUGUCAAUUUGACCAACUUUAAUGCCAUUGAAUCUUUCUUGGUGCACAAUGUCACCUCCAAGUGGGCCAACUCAUCUCUGGUGACUGGCAUCAAGUUUGAUGACUUCCGGUCUCUCUUCAAUUUCAAUGAUAUCACCACUGGGCUGACUCACAGCUUCAACUCAACUUUGACCAACAUGACCACCGCUAUUGACUUCAACCUGAAAAAUGUCCGUUCACUGUUUGAGUUUGAGCGUCUUGAUGCUGGGGCUAGGUACAACAUGACCUCUCGUUGGUCAAACAUCUCCACUGGGGCUGUCUACGUCAUGGACAGAUUCCGCUCUCCCCUUGACUUCAACCUCGUGGAAGGUAAAGUCCACCACAAUAUCACGUCUCCAUGGUCUGAGAUGACCACUGAUGGUCUUCUUCAGUUCAGCAACUUCCGUUCUUUGUUCGACUUUGACGGCAUCCAUGCCUCUGGGGAGAACAAGAUGAGUUCCUUCCUGGCCAACUGGACCAAUGAUGCUGUUGUCGACUUAACAACCUUCCGCUCCCUCUUUGACUUUGACCGCAUCAUUUUGAGAGCUGGUAACCGCAUGAACACCACCUUGAUCAAUUCAACCAAUGUUGGUCGCAUGGAGGUAAAUGGAGGUCACUCUCUUUUCAACUUUGAUGAGAUAAGAUCCUCCUUGAUGCACAACACAAACACUACUUGGGGCAACUGGUCAGCUGGAGUUGGGAUGGACCUCAUCCGCUUCGAGUCUCUCUUCAAGUUUGAAGAUGCUGUGUUUGGAGCUAAGCACGACAUGACCUCCCGUUGGUACAACACCACCACCGAGUCAGAGCUGACUUUCCAUCAAAUGCACUCUCCAUUUAACUUCCAGAAGGUGAUGGCAGUCAUGGAGCACAACACCAACACUUCUCUGGGCAACUGGACAACAUACUCCGGCAUCUCGCUGAAUGAGUUUGAUUCUAUCUUCCACUUCAAGAGCAUCGAUGCUGCUGUUGGCCACAAGAUCGACUCUCGAUAUGUCAACUCGACCAUUGACUACAGCAUGAUCCUUGAUGAUUUCAGGUCCCUCGCUGAGUUCGGCAGUGCCAACAGUGGAUUCUCUACUAUUCUCAACACGAAGUGGGGCAACAUGACCACGAACUCUGGUCUUCAACUGGCCGAGUUCCGUUCCUUGAUGGACUUUGACAGGAUCACAGCCUUCUUCCACACCUACGUCAACACCAGCAUCCUGAAUGCCACCCAUGUCUUUGACAAUGAGAUCAGUAACUCCAGAGGUCUGUUUAGCUUCGAACGGGCUACCAGCAAGAUAGCCACAAAUGUAAGCAGCAUUCUGGGACUUAUGGAGCUGUACAAUGGCAUCUCACUGGACAACUUUGAGAGUCUCAUCAGGUUUGACAAGAUCAACCACACUCUUUCUGCAAAUGUGACAUCCCGUUACAUUAAUGCCACCACCUUGAGUAAGCUGAUACUCCAGAACUCCUUUGGCAUCUUCAACUUUGAAAAGUUUAAAUACCGUGGAAACUCCAAGAUCCAGUCCCGCUUCAUGAAUAUUACUGAAAAUAGGCACAUAAAGCUCAACAACUUUUCAUCUCUGAGGAGGUUCAAGUCUGCCUCUUUUGAGAUGCAAUCCAAUUUCACAACCCCGUUCACUGGUAUGAAUGCAACGCAGUUCUACAGUCUUUACAACAUGCGUGACAUCUUGAGCUUUGAGAAGGCCAAUGCCACCAUAAUCUACGAAGGUGAGGGACCACUUGGGCAGCUUAAAUUGAAGCACGACCAGGUGAUCGAGAACAUGUCUGGUCUCUUUCAAGUGGAAUUCACCAACCUGAUCCAGGAAGCCAACCUGACUUCUCGCCUAUUUAAUCUGACCGCAAACCACUCUCAGGUGACAGAACAGAUGAACAGCCUGUUCUACUUUGAGCGUAUCAAUGGCAGUGUCAGCUACAACCUGAGCACCCCACUUGGACACCUGAAGGCCUAUGCAAGCUCAGAUCUAAAAGAUUUCAGGAAGAUGUUCAAAUUCCGCCUGGUCAAUCACACUGGCCUCCUCAAUUUCACCAGCCAGUACGCGAACCUGACCCAGAUUAGCAACCUUGAGUUCAAAGAUUUCCGAAGCCUGUUCAAUUUCCAUCUAAUCAAUGGCAGCACCUCUGCUAACUUCUCUUCUCCAGUUGGGCAGGUGGCCACCACUUCUGCUGCUGAAUUUAGCGACUUCACAAACCUCUAUGAGUUCGUCCUUGUCCGUGUUAACAACACCUUCAAUGUCUCCAGUGCUCUGCUAAAUGUCACCAGCCUACAAGGCAUGGAGAUGAACAACUUCAGGAAGAUGUUCUCCUUUGAGAGAGUCAAUGCAUCCAGCCGGGUCAAUGUCAGUUCACCUCUGGUGGUUGUCAGCAACGUUGCUGAGAUUGGAUUCCACAACUUCCUCAGCUUGUUCAACUUUGAGCGUAUCAACUUCACCAACAGUGCCAAUGCAAGCAGCAGGUAUGUGAACGGCACCAGCCUGACAGAUGUUGAGCUCAACACCUUCACCAGUAUCUUGACCUUCGAGCGCAUCAUUGCCACCACCAACAACAACCUUAGCACUCCUUUCUUCAACUCCACUGGCUUGGCUGGUAUUGAGAUGCACAACUUUUCAAGCCUGUUCAAUUUCUCUCGCGUCAACGCCAGUGUCCUGGCAGCGCUGAAGAGCAGGUUUGUGAACUCAUCUGGUGAGGCCGCCAUCGAGUUCCACAACUCCUCCAAGCUGUUCUCCUUUGAGCGAAUCAAUGCAACUGCCAAGGCUAACAUCAGCACACCCAUAAUCAACACCACAGCCAUGGCAUACAUUGGCUUCCACAACUUCAGCAGUCUCGUGAAUUUCUCUCGCAUCAACUCCACCAUCGAAGCCAACGUGACUAGCCGAUUUGCUAACCUUACCACAAGCGGAAGCAUAGAUCUGAAGAACAUGACUGGCAUGAACCAGUAUGAGCUCCUCAAUGGCACCACCCGAGCAAACUUCACUAGCAAACUGUUCAACAUGACAGCUGCCACCAACAUGGAGAUCAGCAACAUGACUGGCUUUGCUCGCUUCCUGCGAUUUAUCAGCAAUGUCAGCCUGAACGUGACAAACAAGCUAGCCAACUUGACCACUGUGCUCAACUCUGAAGUCAACAACAUGACAGGUGUGAUGAUGUAUGACCGCAUGUUGGGAAAUGUCAGCCUCAACUUCACCAGCAAAUUGGCCAACCUGAGUGCAGGCACAGGCAUGGAGGUGAACAACAUGACCGGAUUGAUGGUGUACAACAGAAUCUUCACCAAUGCCAGCUUGAACUUCACAAGCUGUCUAGCCAAGCUCAACGGCAGUGUGAACAUGGAGAUCAACAACAUGACAGGCUUCAGCAGAUUCCAGCACAUCAUUGCAAAUGCCAGCCUCAAUGUGACGAGCCGAUUUGCCAAUUUGACAACUGGUGGCAAAAUACUCAUCCGCAACAUGAGUGGAGUGGGGCAGUUUGACCACAUCAUGGGAAAUGUCAGUCUGAAUUUCACCAGCAGGCUGGCUAACGUGUCCACCCUCCACACUAUUGAGAUGGAAAAUUUCACCUCUCUCAUCACUUUCAAGAAAAUAAAUGGCACGAGCCAGCUCAAUGUGAGCAGCCUGAUUGGUGAUGCCAUCAUAAAGGGAGGCAUUGAAGCUCAUAACAUUACUACCUUGUUGAGCUUUGACCGCAUCAAUGGUAGCCUGUCCGCAAAUGCCGACAGCCUUGUCGCCAACUUGAAUGCCUACGGAGAGUUUGGUCUACAUGGAUUCACUAACCUGACCCACUUUGACAGGGCCAAUGCCAGCCUCGUCUGGAAUCUGGUCUCUGACUACUUUGCUGCCGGUCAGAAUUCCUCCAUUACCCUGAACCAGUUCCGCGGGCUGCGUGCUUUCAACAGCAUCCUAGGUAACACCUGGAUAUACCUAAACUCCAACAUAUACAGCGGUGGCAUCCGCACCAUCCUGGAUGUGGACAAUGCGCUGAACUUCUUCCAAGAAGCAGAGAUGUUCUCUGACCUCAUCUUCUAUGGAGACCUGUAUCAGUUCAUCCUCAGGCAGUCCUCCAACAAUGAGCACCUGUUGUUCAAUGUGACCAUCCCAUCCCGUGGUUCCCUCUGCCUAGACAACUACCUCAAUGCAUUCGGUGAUGAGUUCAUCAUGACUAUCUUCCACCAGACCGAGGAUGUUAAAACUGUUGACCUGAGUUGGCUUCUGAAACUGAACAACACUGGAGUGAUUUACAGCAAUGUCAGCUGGAAUCCAGAGACUGUCCAAGUCAUCAAAGAGUUCACUGAGAACGUCUACCUCGAUCUUCUGCAGAUAGCCCGUAACGUCAAUGAAUCCACCCAGAUCUACCUUGAAAAGGCUCUCAACCAGACCUAUGAAAUCCUCAACCAGACCCUUGAUAUUGCAAACAUUAUGUUCCGUCUCCUCAACUACACUUACUACCACCCACGUGAAGCCUACGAGACUUUCCGUGAGAGGGAGGAAGUUCAGAAGUUGGAGGAGAAGAUGAGGAAUUCCAUCCAGAAAAUUGAGGACUACCUCCAGGAAGUGAAUGACACCAUCCGAAACAUCAUCAACAGGAUGGACUUCACCACAAUUGAAACCACCAUUAUGACCUUCAAGUCUUUGGAAGAGGUUCACCGGUUCCAGAGGAGACUGAGGGAGGUUUACAACAACUACCGUGAGGCAUUCAACAAUUACAUGGAGAGAGCCCUUGCUAAGGUUGAUAACAUAGUUGAUGAGGUAAUUGCGAUAUCCAAAGAUCCAGAAAACCCUAUUAAUCUUGUGCUCCUGGACUGUCUAGAUAUGACCAUGUAUGAUAUGAGCAUCAUGAGCCUUGAGUACCGUGACCUUUUGUAUGAAAGAUCACUGGUUCUAAGCCGCCUGGUUAAAAAUGUCACUCUAUACUCUGCCGAAUGGGCCCUUAAUAACACAAAGAACUUCACUGAAUGGGCUGUCUACCAAGCUGGUAACUACACUCUCCUAGUAUACAACAGCACAGUCAACUUCUCAAAGUGUGCGCUAGAAUAUGCUUUCAACUACACUGACAUAAUCGCCAAUUACUCUCUGAUUGCCCUUGAUUAUGCCAACUACAUCAAGGACUGGGCCGUCAACCAGACGGAACUAAUCAUGGACGUAAGCAGGCCAUAUGUCAUCUGGAUGAUCGAAUACAGCGAACCUUACAGAGUCAGCGCCGUGCAGUAUGCUAAACAGCUUGCCCUAGAAACCGGCAGGAAGGUGGUCAUUGUCUUUAGGGAGACUGUUAAGCUGGGCAACAUUUCCAUCAAAUACGCUGAGACUGGUCUCAAAAUGGGCAAGCAGUAUAUCACUGACAUAUCUCUCUAUCUGGAAACAAUCAGCAAGGAUCCCGAGCACAUCAUCAACAGGGUGCUCAUGGAUUAUUUCACUAACAGACCCCUCUAUGAAAUUGCAGCAGAGCAUUACAACGUCAUCUACACUUCUGCUGAAGGGUGGUACUUGAGGACCAAACAGCUGUACGAUGAUUACUAUGACAGGUUUGAGGAAGUGUAUCGCAGAUACUACUCCAGAGUUGAGGAUAUCUACAGUGACUACUACCUGAAGUUGGAGGAGUUCGUCCUGGAGACUAUGAACAAACUGGAAACCUUCAGCAUGGACGAAGAUCAUGUUGUCAACACCUAUCUGCGCAAAUACCUUGACAGGAACCUGUAUGAGGUUUAUGUAUUGGCUGAGACUAAAAUGGUUUCCCUGAAGACAGAAGCCCUGGCUAUGAAAACUGAGUUUCUGCAGUGGUUGAGGAGGGUUCGCACACAGCCUCUGGAAGUGACCAGGGAGGAGGUCAAACUGUUCUUCGAAGAGAAAUAUGAGGAGGUCAAGCUCCUGAUUGAGGAAUUCAUGGCAAGUGAAGAUGUAGUGAAAGCCUUGGAGAAGGUCAAGAUAUCUUUGCGUUGGCUGAACCAGACCCGUUUCCAGCCCAUAGAGGAGACAAUCGAGGAGGUGAAGGUCUUCAUGGGAGAGACACGUGAGCUAGUACUCAACCUCACUGAGGAGCUCAAGCAGAGUGAAGUAUAUGGGCAGAUUGUGGAAAUGGUGAGCAACUUCAUGGAUCGAGAAGAUGUCAGCAGGGCCCUGGAUGUUAUCAAGAAAACCCUGCAGUGGGCCAACCAGACCCGCUUCCAGCCCCUUGACGACACGAUUGAGCAAGCCAAAUUCGUCCUGGAAGAGAAUUACAACAUUGUCAAGGGAAUGAUUCUCACCUUCCCUGUUGAAUCCAAUGUCCGGAAGGUAGUUGAGAUUAUCAAGAUCUGGGCCAAUGACACUGAAGUACUUCUGGUCCGCACCUACAACAUCACCAAAGAGACCUACUACCUUCUCAAGGACCUUGCUGAGGAGAACUACCUCCUUGUCAAGGAGUACACUCUUGAGCAGUGGCACUACCUGAAGGAGGAGACCCCUUAUGUGGAGAAGGCCAAGGAACUCCUUGAGAAGACAAGGGUGUUUGUUGAGGACAAGAUUAGUAUCACCAAGGAGUAUGCUGGGCUUGUGAAAAAUUUCACAGUCAAUGUGGCCAAGGAUGCCAUCACCUAUGUCAAUGGCACCAUGGCAGGUUGGAUCUACCGUUACUAUGAGCUUGACCAGCUGCCAUUCCGUGCCUUUGACCGGUACAUGGUAUUUGUCUAUGACACUCCAGAAAUGGUCGGGUACAUCGUGCGUAUUGUGGUUGAAGAGAUCCCGUUCAUCGUAGACAGCAGCCUGAUGGUCAUAGACAAUGGCUUGAACACCGUGGGCCGAGUGGGCAAGCACAGCUAUGCCAUGAACAUUAGCCACCCAAUUGUGUGGGCCAGCUUCCGCCAGAUGCCCACCUUGACCGAGGAGCAGUGGCGUAUCAUCAAUGAGACCGCAUACCUGAUUGACAGCAACAUCAUCGAGCCAUCCAUCAUCAAGAUCAAGGAGUGGCUUCAAAUUGCAAAUAAGACACAGAAGGAGAUCCGCAUCUACAUCCAGGAGGUGUAUGAAGUCAACAAACCAAUUGUAGAGAGGCGUCUUGAGGAGCUGAAGCAGAAGAUCCUGGAGCUGAAGCACAACAUCACCGAAGAGUACAAGAAGCUGCCAACCCUGGAGCAGCUCAGGGACUUUGACCAGCUGGCUGAGAAGUACCCCGUCCUCCUGGAGAUCAAGGCCAACCUGACGGAGCUGAAGAACAAGAUCGAGGAGCGGAUCCCAACCAUGGAGGAGCUGCGGGGCAACUGGACCCAGCUAUGGGAAACCAUCAGGAGCUACAUCCCCACCCUGGAGGAGGUCCAAGGCAACUUGACCAUUCUGCAGCAGAAGAUCGAGGAGGGAUGGACAGUGCUGAGAGAUGACGUGGAGGACAAGUGGACCCUGUGGGAGGGCUAUAUCCAGGGCAACUACACCUUACUAAAGGACACCAUCACCGAGAAGUACCCCAUCUGGAAGGAGAACACCAUUGAGUUCCUGACAAAUGUUACCGAUAAGGUGCAAGAGAUCUAUGAACUUGUAUUGACUGAAUACCCCAAUGCUCGUGAGCAUGCCAUGCGCUUCAUUGAGUACAUGAAGAACAAGACGAUGGAGCUUCGUGACGACAUCCCCAUCCUCUUCGAGAAGACCAAAGAACUGGCUUGGGAGUACUACGACUUUGUCCUUGCCCAGUACCCAUUGUAUCUUGAGAAGAUCAAUGUCACCGCUCAAGAAUGGAUUGAGUACAUCCGCGAGCAGUACCCGAUUUACAUGGAGAAAGCUAAUGAGCUCAUCCAGGAAUGGAUCGGCUUUGUUGAGGAGAGGUACCCUACCUAUGUGCAGAAACUGAGGGACUGGGUUGAGGAAAUCCGCAACAUGAUCGAGACUGAGUAUCCUCAGUACCGUGAGAAGAUCGAACAAGGUAUUGAGAAGAUCAAGGACUUCUUUGAGUACCUGAAACGCCUUCCUAGGCUGAUCCCCUCAGACAAGAUUUUGGCUCUGAGAUACUACCGCCCAUUCAGUUCUGAGGCUAUUGCCAUGAUAUUUGAAGAUCUCCACAUUUUGACCUUCGACCACCACCUGUAUGAGCAUCCUGGCUACAUUGAUCCUGAAUGCACGUACGUCCUGGCCACUGACUACAUCGAUAACAACUUCACCUUGUUCCGCAACCAGUACAACAUGUUCCUGGCCCUCAAGGGAGACCACGUAAAGAUUGGACGAAACAACGAUGUCUACUUCAAUGGUGAGGUCCUUCCAAAGAACAUCCCCUUCCUGUCAAAGGACAAGACGCUGAAGGUUGUGUACGACUUGCCAUGGGUAAAUGUUACCUCCAUGUAUGGUAUUAAGGUCUCCUGCAACUCAGAGCGCCCUCUCUGUACCAUCUCCCUCAGCUCGUGGUACCACGGCAAGACCCGUGGCCUCCUGGGCAACCUGGACCGCGAGGCCCGGACCGACCGCAUCAAGCCCAAUGGGGAGAAUGCCACCGACCUGGUCGACUUUAUCAAUGCAUACGAGACCACCGACCGUAGUCAAUGCCAGAUCAGCCGCUUCAACUACCCAGUCCACAACAUCCUGGGCUGCAACGAGGAGAACCGCAACAUCCUGACGGAGCAGUGCACUGAGUUCUUUGACAAUGUCAACUCACCGCUGCAGCCAGCGUUUGAGAAGCUCAGCCCCACGGAAUGGAGAAACGAAUGCAUCAACCACGCAGAAGAGUGCCAUGAUAUCUGUGCACUGACUUUUGGUUAUGUCUCGCUUGCUCGCUCCAAGGACAUUGGCAUCAUUGAUCCUUGUGAGCAAUGCGAUGACCGCCCAAGGAACUCCGUGUGGAUUGAGAACAAGAUCAUCUACGGCGCCGACAUCAUAUUCACGGUCUCCGAAAACAUGCGCUUCCGUGGCCAGGAGUUUCUGAACAACCUGAAGGUCCUACUUUCUAACCUGGAGAGCACCCUGAUUGGGUCCCCGAUGACCAAUAACCGCUAUGGCCUGGCAGCUUAUGGUGGCAUUGAUGUCCAUGAGGGGGCCCACAGCCACUCUAUCCAUGGCCAGCUGAUCAACACAGCUGCCAGGAUGCCUGAGGGCCUGGACGGCCUGGAGUUCAACGGCACCUACCCAACAGAUGCCUUUGAUGCCAUCAAGCUGGCUUCUGACUACAAGUUCCGCCCAGGAGCUGCCAAGGUCAUCAUUCUCAUCGCUGAGAGCGAGCGCUUGUACGAGGACUCCAAGUACAACUUGACAAGUAUCCAGGAGUUCCUGACCCGCCGCGGCAUCACGCUGUACGUCGUCUCCAACUACGAGUCCCUGCAGAAGUCCUACUCAGGCGCACCAGUGGGAAUCCGGUAUGACAAAACCAUCAUCUCCACCAAGAAGAGCAAGGACGCCAAGAUCACUAAGUUCCUGGACAUCCCCAGCGGCAACUAUGCCAAGCUGGCUAUCGCCACACGCGGUUCCAUCUUCCGCCUGGACAUGCUGAUGGAUGGAGACAAAGCCCUGAUGACGACGCUCCCAAAGAUCGUCCGCAACGAUGCCAAUCCGAUUAUGGCCGGAGAGGUGGAGCGCGAGUGUACGUGCCUCAUCAACCAGUACGGUUUGGCGAGGGUCGAGUGCCGGAACAUCUGGAACUAAACUCAACUUCACACAAAAGUAACCUCUGAACCUUACCAACAACCAGUGUAAAAAUGAAGGGUUUCUGCAAUUAAGAGUUAAGAACAGGUGCUGCAUAGAAAAAGAACAUUUGUAGUUACACAAAGAUGUGGGCAUCAGAUUUUCAGAAUAAGGAACUGUUGUAAAAAAAAGAGAAACGCCUUCAUUUUUUAAAAUUUGGGAAUAUUAAUUGCCGUCGACUGUUCAGUAAACAUCCACAUAACCUUUUUGAAAAAAAAUUUCUAAUUUUGUGAUUCAUGUAUUGAUGCCAAGUUUAUUUAAGUUGCGUUGUGUUUUUAUCUUCUUUAGGCAAGGUAUCCAUUAUUAUAUUAACUCCAUUCUUAAACACAUCAAUUUUGACUUGAGUUUUGACUUGAAACUUACCAUUGUGUGAUCUCGGUUUAACUUUAGUUCACUUUUUACUCAUAGUCAGCACAGUACUGUUUAUCCGCAAGUAGACUUAGGAAACUGCCGGAAAAAAAAUGGGAAAAAAAACCAGAAAAAAAACAUGCCUUUCCAUCUGUCGUAGGAAAUAGCUGUAGACAUUGGGAUCAGGAUGUGUUCUAUUACACAUUGAGUUCUUGGAUUGCCUUGCCUUACAAAUUCACUAUCAAUGCAAUUAGACGUUUUUUUGAACUAGAAGAGGAAAUUAUCGGAGAACUAAUCAAAGACAAGUUUAAAUAAAUUUGUUGCAAGCAUUAAUUGGA